UAACACAGAAGGUUCCGGAACAACCAAAGGUCGGCAUAUAUCUGUGAGAUAACAGUGAGCUUACCUACUUAGUGUCGCGUUUGUUUUUACAGCCAGCAAAGUCACUACUAAUAAUUUAAAAAUGCCCAGAGGAAGCAGAAGCCGAACAUCCAGGAUGGCUCCCCCUGCAAGCAGGGCGCCACCAUCACCACCACCUAUGGCCAGGGCUGCACCUCCUCCCUCUUAUGCCCCGGCUCCAAUGCAUGCUCCUCCAUCUGCGGUGGGCGCUCCAGCUGCAGCACCCAGGCAGCCUGGUAUGUUUGCCCAGAUGGCGACUACAGCCGCUGGAGUGGCUGUGGGCUCUGCAGUAGGACACACCAUCGGCCACGCCAUGACUGGAGGCUUCGGUGGAGGAAACUCCGAAGCUGCCAAGCCUGACGUCACAUACCAGGAGCCGUACCAGCAGCAGCCACAGUCCAUGUACCAGCAACAGGCCCCUCAGCAACAGCAGGCCUGCUCCUAUGAGCUCAAACAGUUCAUCGAUUGUGCCCAAAACCAGAGCGACUACAAACUCUGCGAGGGCUUCAGUGAGGUGCUUAAACAGUGCAAGUUUGCUAACGGUCUGUCAUGAGACUGAGACAAAAACCUGGAGCGCAAGGAGUGCACACAAACUGCAAUUAGCAACCAUACUGGAUACUUAGCGGGUGUAAUUCACAAGAGAUCAAUAAACAUGUUUGGGUUUUUUUGACAGUUGAUUUAUCAUCAGACUGCAUUGUUGUAUUAAUUUCUCAGUACAGUUCUGCAGAGUUUGUAAUAAUAACCUUAUAAAUAAUGUUUAUAUAUUUUGGUGUUGCAUGCUCGGAUUUCAGUUUUUCAUUAGCGCCAGUGCUUUAAAUUUAAGGAUCUAUGUGUGAAUUGCAUUUGUAGAUCAUGAUAAACCUGUUUCCACCGUCUGGAUGAUGGAUAGCCACAGGUUUUCAGAAGUUCAGGUUUAAAAAUAAUAAUAAUAAUAAUAAAGCACUUGAAUCAUAAA